AUGAGUCUUAUUCUACACAAUAUUUUAAUCACUUUAACCCUCUUCCUUGUUUUAUAGGAUUUUGGAAAUUUUAUGUUAAUUAUCACAAUCAAUAACGGACAGAAACCAUAUCAGAUAUAGUAAGAACUAUUCUUUUAUCUAUUUAGUGAAAGAGAAUAAUUUGAAAAUGUGAAACUUAUAAAAAAUAAAUUAUAGAAAAAAAAUAGAUCCUUCUGCCAGAAGUUCUUGAAUACCAUGAUUAAUUGA